CUAGGUUUUCUUAUUGUGUUUAUCUUAACAUAUUAAACAUGUAAUAAUAUGUUAAGUUUCCACAAGCUUGGAAUUAUCCAACAAAAUAUUGUUUUAUUAGUCGAUGCUGGCAACUAAUAAGUAAUAAUUACCUAAGUUUAACAUUUUACCAAAAAACUAAUAUGCACCUAGUAUGUAUUUAGGCAUUGCCUGAUUGCAUCAUUACAUGACUGAUUUAACUCAAAACAUAAUGUUAUUUAGAAAAAAAAUCAUCUAUACCUCUUCAUCCGGAUGUUUAUAGUUUAUCUCACGUGGGUCAAUGAAAUAUAUAUACUUUUUUGGGGCAUAUUUCACCGGUUAAAACUUAGUUAGUAAAACAAAGUGUAAUCGAAUGUUUUUCACUUUUGAUUCGAGAUACAGAAUGGUAAGGAAGGAACACAAGGGGAAUGAAAAGAUGUCUCGUCAACAUCUAAAAAUUUUUAGCAACUGUUUUACUUAUUUACGACCACAAAGAAAAAUAUAUUGUCCCUGCCCUAUAUCAUUUUGUCCCUCAUCACUUCCACUUUCAUCAAACAAACAAAACAAAAGCCAUAAAUUUUUGCUCUCUCACCUCUUAUUAGCACAUGUAUCCAUUAUACUGUAAGGCGUUGAGAACUUUUUGUUGAAGAUAUAAAUAUUAAGAAUGAAUCUAGCUGCUACAGUUCAUCAGUAUGGUUUUGCUUUAUAAAUUAUCAAAACUUAUCUACUUUCUUUGUAAAUUAGUUUUAUAUUGUUGGGUGUACUUAAUAAAAUCAAAUAAUACAAAUUAGAAAUUUAUUCACUGGUUUUGUGUUGCCAGUUGAUAAUGAAAUGUCGACACUAAUUUAACAACAGAUGUGAAACAUGUAUUAACACGUUAAGAAAUAACUUUAUAUUGUUUAGAACUUGAUCAACUACAGAUUUGAAACAUGUAUGAACACGUUGAGAGAUAACUUUAUAUAUGGUUAGAACAUGAUCAACUAAACAACAUGCAUGAUCAACUAAACAAAAUCUGUAUUUUUCAAAAUUUAUCUAUGUUAUUGACAAAAGGACUAAUAGAAACACUGCAUUACUUGUUAUAAUAAAGUUAAUCCGUGCUUGUCACCGUUAUUGGAUCAAUUAAGGACAUUAACUUUUUGUAACCCAAGUUUUCCAAUCCUACGCAUGAGCCACUUUGAUCAUUUAGACUUUAACCAUAGUGGAUUAGCAGAACCUUUUUUUUUACUAGAAGAUCAUAAAGUUCAACCCGUGUCUGCUGGCACAAUAUGGUAUUAGACCAAAAACGUAGUCUCGCUACGGCCUCGUGUUCAGUUCUACAGUGUCCAAACUCUAUGCAUGGAUCAUCUGGUCGCUAAGGCUUUGGUUCCAAAUCCAAUGCUUCAGCCGUGGACCGUGGUGGAUUUGUUGCUAAAGGAUAUGCUCAUCUCGGAGAUAAAUUAUUAUUAUUAUUAGUAAAAAUGACUUAUUAUUCUCAUUAAUGUACACAAAUAAAUCACGUGGUGGAACAGCUAAACACAUGCUAUUAACCUGAAAUCUAGAUAGUAAACCAUGUGCACCAAAUCAAAACUAUUAAAAGAUAACUCCUUCCUUUUUAUUUAUUAAAUUAAUCAAAUCUUAGAACCAUCUCAAUUAUAUAAUCUUCAUAUUUUUGGCAUUAUAAAAAAACAGCAGGAAGCUAUUUGCAUGCAGGGAAUAUACAGAACAUGCUCUCUGAUCACUUCCAUGCUUCCUUCUCUGUCUCCUUUGCUUUCUCUUAUUCCAUGUGCUUUCACAUGCUCUUUUCUCUCUCUUUUUAAUCAAACCGGUUCCGGUUUAGUUUUUCCCGGUUCUCAUACUUCAAAAUAACUUUUGUUUUUCUGAUUCAAAAUUUAUCUUUAAAAAAAAACUGUUAGUCCAAUGAGGUUUUGCUGGCUCACAACACAUUCACAUGCAACACCCUCUCUACGAAGCACAUUUUAUUUUAAUGCGCCUAUCAUCUCCCAUUUUAUUGACCAAAUUGCCCCUCAUAAGAUAUUCAUAAAACGCUAAAAUAAUUGGCUUUAGUAUUUUAGGUUAUAUUUUUAGCAAGUCUAAAGUAUAUAAUGAAAUCACUUAUAAAAUUAAGAAAAUUUGAAAGACGUUUUGGAAUGUUGAUAAUGGCAUAGUCACAUAUUCAAAUGUGAACAUAAACAAAUAAUUUCAUAAUUCGUGACUACAAAAACAUAGUUUUUGUUUGUUAAAUAGAAAAUAGGGUUUCAAAUUAUUUUCCUUAACACAGUAGAAGAACAAUGUCUUUUUAGAAUACGUAGUCAGAAAGGAAUAAAUUUUUCAAAUUCAAUUUAUCAUCAAUGUGCAUUCUUAUGAUAUUUUGACAUUUAGUACAAAGAAAAAGACACGAGUUAUCACCCAUGUUAAACAGAAGAGUAAAACAAAGAUUACAAUGAACAAAGGGUCCAACCUUGACAAAACAAAAAGGGGUCCAACAAAGAUAUCAAACGAAAACACUUAUUAGGUCAAAUGAAACUGACUGAAUCAUUUGAUUAUAAACAAAGUGAACGUCCUUCGUACGUACAGUUAAUUCUAAAUAUGUAAAUAAACUGAAAUACGGAUAACUAUGGAAGGGUAAUAUAGGGAAAAAUAUUUGCCAAAAACACUUAUCAUGUGCCCUCACAGAAGGCUCAGGCUUUUACUGUCAAAUCAUAUGGCAAAUGUGCACUCGUCACCCACUUCCUCUCUUUGCUAACUUAACCGGUUUCUCCGAUCUUUGGAACUUACAGAUAUACCCUUCUUUCCACAUGUCAGUGCUGUCGGUAUUCGUACAACUCAAACAUUCAGACAAUUUGGAAACUAAUGGUUUAGUAAUUUAGGCUUGUUCUUCAAAGAAAUAUGAAACGACCCAAGAAGAUAAAAUAAGGGUUGUCCAAAAAAAGGAUAAAAUAAGUUAAAUAAUAAGCUAAUAACGAUUGUAGCAACAUCAUUCUAUGUUGAAUAUGAAGUUCCAAUAUAGAUUGGAUGAAAUUUGCUUACAUACGGUUAUGCCCCUAAAAGAUACUUGGCAACGAGCACGUGAGAGUAAGAUAUUAUCAUGAUUUUUCAAAACCACAAGGGCCCAACCAAAAAACAAAAAGCACAAGACGACAAACAGAGGAAUGAAAGCACCACUAGUGGCACUACCGUAAUAAACAGUAACUCCGGGGGCAUAAAGAGUGACCAAGCGUACAUAAACCCCAAUCUUCUUUCUUCUCUCAUUCAAACAAAUAAAGAAACAAGAGUCUAUUCUAACUAAGCCUCUCUUCUUCUUCGUCCAGGAUGAGAAUAUUGAAGACCCAAAGAUCCUCGAGAGGAGGAAGAAGAAACAGCAAGAAACAAGGAAGCAGAACAUCACAUGUUUCGUCACGAGCCAGCAUUAUCAGGAAUUGUUCUGGAAACAGUGGAGAUAAGUUCACCGAGAAGCUUCAAGCGCUUAAGAGUCUUCUUCCUCCGUCAGAGACGAACAAGACGUAUCACAAUCGUCACGUUGAGGAGAAACCAAAUAGUGGAGAGACGGAACAGCUGUUUCAAGAAACGGCGGAUUACAUCGUCAGGCUUAGGAACCAAGUCAUCGUGUUGCAAAAGCUAAUCGAGAUAUAUGGAUCAGCACCAUCCUCUGAUCAGACGGAAGACUUUGUCUUAUAAUGUUCAUAUUUUUAAAUUAUGAUUUUGUUUUCUGAAACUUUAAGCAUUUUAUUUUUAUGUAUUACGUACUUUAAACCUUUAUGGUUUUACGUAGUUUAAUGUAUAAUGGUCUUAUUUUUGUUCUCCGACAUACUAAUCAAAGCGCGUUGCUUGCUCGUUGUUGGCAUGAGCGACUAGCGACACGUUUAAUAGUUUGUUUGAUUGUUAAUGUUAGCUACCACCGACUAGCAACAACAAUCAAAGUAUGUUUGUUUUA